UUUUAAAGAGAUGUCGAACCUUUUCAUCAAGUCGGAUGCACUAUUCAGAAUGCUCACAGAGAAAAAGAGUGUUGGAUUGAAGCUGCUAUAUGUUGGAAUGGGAGAAUCUGCUCAUAAGAACUUCUACACUAAAUCAUUACCAAAUGCGAACAUCCUAGACCUACAUGAAUUCACAGAAAAUUCUCCAAAUCUGUUCACUACUCCCUCUCCAGUGUUGUUCAAUAGAAUGAUGAAGAAGUUAAAUAUUCUUGAGACAAAUGAAGUUGUCUUUUACAAUGGCAUCUCUACAGCAAAGGCAUGGUUCAUCAUGAAGUAUUAUGGUCAUCCAUCUACCAGAAUCCUUAAUGGAGGCAUUAGAGAGUGGAAUGAGAAAGGAUACCCUGUUAAUAUCCACAAGUCUGCCAUAGAUUAUACAACAACAAAAUGUACUACCUUCACAGCAAAAGAGCCAAAAGAGGAAAUGCUGAUUGAUUACACAGAGGUUCUUGAGAAGAUCGGCAAAAGCGACGUUCAGAUCGUCGAUGUCAGGACUGAAGAUCAAUAUGAUAGCAAAGAACAUAAUGGGAAAGGCCACAUUCCUGGAGCAAUUAACAUUCCAUACUCUGAGUUCUAUACUCAAGAAGGCUUUCUAAAAGAGAAGGAUCAAAUCAAUGAAUUAGUAGCCUCUGCUGGGUUGGAUAAAGAUAAAGAGACCAUUGCUUAUUGCCACGGUGGCGUCACAGCAUGAAUUGGAUACUCAGCAUUUGAAGAAGUUGGAUUUGGCAAGGUCAGAAUGUAUGAUGGAAGCUGGGCUGAAUACAGUAGCAAAGAUGAGACAAAAGACAUAUAAAUAAUUAUUGAUCUAACAUAUUCCGCUCAAA